AUGAAUAAAAUCAAAUUGUUGCAGCUGCUAUCUCGGCUGUGGAGUGGAUCUAACAGUAAACUUGCGGGUAAGCAUACUGAGCAGAAAAUUAUAUCCAUCUUGAGGAAUAAGUUUCCGCAAGCUCAACUGAUUGAAGUUACUGAUGUGUCAGGAGGAUGUGGAGCCAUGUUUGACAUAAACAUCAUUGCUUCAGAAUUCAAGGGAAUGAAUACAUUGAAGCAACAUCGAAUCAUCAAUGAGAUUCUCAAGGAAGAGAUUAAGGAUAUGCAUGGCCUCCAAAUACAUACGAGUAUACCGCAGGCAUAA